AUGCGCUGCUUCAAGCCCCCGAGAAAGUUUGUACCCUAUGAUGUGGAGAAGACGUCAAGCUUCAAAUAUGAACUCUGCAGGAUCAUGCGCCCCGAUGAUGCCAACAUUGUCGGGAAUGUGCAUGGUGGCAACAUCCUGAAGAUGAUUGAAGAAGCUGGAUGCAUUAUCAGCACGCGGCAUUGCAACACACAGAAUGAGGACCGCUGCUUGGCAGCUUUGGUUCGGGUGGAGAAGACCGAGUUUUUGUCUCCCUUGUUCAUCGGAGAGGUUGCCCAUGCCACCGCUGAGAUCACGUUCACCUCGCAGCACUCACUUGAAGUGCAGGUCAAAGUCAUGGGUGAGAACAUCCUCACAGGUGACAAAAAACUGGUCAACAGGGCCGUGCUGUGGUACGUACCCUGCUCUCUGCAGAAUGUCGACAAGAUCAUGGAGGUGCCACCCAUCAAGUUUAAUGGAGAACAAGAGGAGGAGGGACGGAAGCGCUACGAGACCCAGAAGACUGCGAGGCUGAAAACCAAAGAGAUGAUUGAAGAAGUUGUCCCACCUCCACCAAAUCCAGAAAAGCACACAGUCGGCUUCAGUCAGUCCAGUCUGAUCCAUUUGGUGGGCCCAUCUGACUGUACACUACAUGAUUAUGUACAUGGAGGUGUAACCAUGAAGUUAAUGGAUGAAGUAGCAGGAAUUGUGGCGGCACGUCACUGCAACACCAACAUUGUCACGGCCUCUGUAGACGCCAUCAACUUUCACCGCAAGAUUAAGAAAGGCUGUGUGGUGACCGUAACUGGCCGUCUCACAUUCAUCAGCAAUAAGUCCAUGGAAAUCGAAGUGGUCGUAGAUGCGUGCUCGCUGGUAGAUGCGGAGAAAGUCAGCUAUCGCGCAGUCUCUGCCUACUUCACCUUUAUCUCGCUGGACAAGUUUGGCAGAGCUCAGCCUGUCCCUCCUCUUAAGGUUCAUGGCGAGGAGGAGCAGAGGCGUUACGAUGAAGGCCAAGCACGUUACCUCUUCAAUAAAGCCAAGAGACUUGCAGAGAGGGAGGCCAAACAGUGA